AUGAAUCUGGCUAUAGAGGAACCUUCGAAAGUGAUAAAAAUGAGAGUGAACGGGGCCUGGCCCUCCAGACAGUCAAGACAUGACAGAGCAGUUUCCCACAUCAAGAAGAAGGAGAGUUCAUCCCUGUAUGGGGAAAAGUUGGUAGAAAGCAUUGCACAGAAGAGGGCUGCAUUUGAUCCAUGUGACGAAGAGAAUUGUCCAGACGGUGCAAUGUUUAACACAAAAGAGGUUUCCAUCGACUUUUUUGAUAUGAACUCAGUUGAAAGAAAACAGCAAAGAGAGUGUAAAGUCGAGAGUGAAGGAACUAAGGAAGCAUUGCACCCUUAUGGGUAUGAAAUUGGGGAAGGUAUUCUUGAAAGAAGCUUCAUUGAGGGGAUGCUAGAGAAUGACAUUAGAGUCAAGGAUAUAAAGUAUGGAGAAGACCUCAUAUUUAUAUAUUUCUUCACGGUAGAAGAUUCCAUAUCAUUUUACAGGCAGUUUCUGCCUUAUGUUGAAAUACAUUUUUCUGAAACCUAUGAUUUUGAGCAAGCUGUACUGCUUUCCUCUUCUGAAUGGGCUAAUAUUGCAUUGUUGAGCAUGCACAAUUCUUCGAAAGAAAACUAUACUUGCAGCUCGUCCUUUAACGAAUGGCUGAAAACUAGCAAUUCUUUGGAGAGCAAGUUCCCGAAACAUGAGAUACAUCGGCAUACAAAAGACAAAAGUCUUGCCUUCUUCCACAAUACAGAUCCAGAAUUCGGUGAGUGGGAUGGAGAGCUUUCGGAAAGAAAUCUUUUUGAAAGGAAGAUCGAGCAUUUUACACACCUUAGAAACUUCUUCUCAAGAAGCGAAGUGAGAAUUAUGAUCCAAAGCUUAGAGAUGGGGAAUGUUGAUUUCGUGUUCAAGAACACCAAAGAGUUGGCUGUUGGAAACCAAUCUAACAAAGUAAUGCAAGAGGCAAUAGGGCUACUUCCCGAUGCAGGCAUUGCACGAAUUAUUCAGAAUCUUGGACAUGACAUUGCGCCCAUAGCAGCAAACAAGCACGGGGCAUAUACUAUUCAAAUGCUUAUCUCUGUAUCAAAGACGCCACUAACUCAGAAUCUACUAUCGAAAUACUUUAGAAAGUUUGGAGGAUUUCUUAUAACUCAUGAGAUCGGCAACUAUGCCAUCCAGAAGAUACUCAGAUUUGAUCCAGAUCUUGUAUUUGAGCUUUUUAUCUCAAACAUUGGGGAUAUUGUAAAAAGUGAACUUGGAAUAAAAGUCCUAAGAAGGUGUCUAGAGUUCUUCCCUGAUAAGAAAGCCAUAUUGGCUCAGAAGGUUCGAGAGCAUGGGAAGAACCUGAGCGUUCUGUUACUUUAA